AUGACGGACAAAAGCAGCUCCAACAAUCCCGGCUCAUCUCUUGGCACCGCCGCCGAACGACUUGCCGCCCGCAAGCCGAUCCCCAAGCCGGUGCCGGCCUAUCUACCCCACCCCGGCUCGGCUUUGGCCGUCGACAAACAGCUGUACCAGACGAUUCAAGAGGCGCCGCGAGUGCUUCUGGAAGAAUUCACCUUGCCUAUUCGAUCGGGGCGGGCGUGGAAGGCAUCGGCGGGGUCCAUAGUGAGAAUCAGCACGCCAGAGGGGCCGCAAGUGGGCGACCUCAACAUCUGGAAUGCGCACAACCCCCGCGAGCGCUUCUGGGCCAGCCGCACAAAGCAGCUGCACGCGUCUCACGUGUCCACGCACGACCGGCUGUGGUCCUGCCUGCCGUACAUGCGACCUCUGGCCACCAUCGUCGCCGACUCGCUGGCCUGGUACGGGGUCGACGAGACGGGCGGCCGCGUGCACGACCUGCUGGGCACUCGCUGCGACCCUUAUAUCAACACCGUGCUCAGCGGCGGCAGCUACGACUUUCAGUGCCACUCCAACCUCACCCGGGCCGUCGUGCCCUUUGGCCUCGAGGAGAGGGACGUCCACGACGUCAUCAACCUGUUUCAGGUCACGGGGCUGGACGACGAGGGCAGGUAUUUCAUGAACCCGUGUCCCGCGCAGGCCGGGGAUUACAUUGAAUUUCUGUGCGAGCAGGAUCUGUUGUUUGCCUUGAGCACCUGUCCUGGUGGCGACCUCUCUCUCUGGGGCUUCGGCAGCGACAGCGAAAAGGAAAUGAUCAAAUGCUGCCGGCCGCUCAAGGUCGAGGUAUUUGCUCUUCAGGACGGCGGUGCACUUCUCGAGUCCAAGGGGUGGAAGCCUGCGGAAAAAUCAGCAUACGCAGGCAGGCACGGGAUGCAUGUCCCGCUAGGAGAAGGCAUAAAUUAA